CUUGAACAACAACAAACAAAGUAAACACAUAAUGAUGUAGUUAAACAAACAUUGACGAUUGAAUACAGAAAAAUUUGACUCAUUACUGGUUGAUCUAUUGAAUAAUGGUGAUAAAAGGAAUCAGUAUUUAAUACAAUAAGAAUAUCAAUUUCUGCGCAUAUAUAUAUAUGUAUGAACCCUGACAGAGAGUGAAAAAAUGAGUAGUCUAAGGAAAUGCUAAUCUGUGAUAAUAAUAAUAAUUAUUAAAAUGUAUAAAGUGAUAUGGAGGCAAUUCUCCGAAUUGAUUUGUGGAAUUGAAAGAGAAACUGAUGGACAAGCCACAAUCACCUCAUGGGAGGAUAAUAAUGUUGAUAAUGACGACAGUAGAAAUAACAGUGGCUUAGAUGAAUUCCAAUUCCAUGUGAAAAUAUGCCCCAAAGAUGGACCAUAUGCUCAUGCUGAGUUUGAGUUUGAAAUUAUCGUUCGUUUUGAACGCUAUGGAGAAAUGCCAGCUGUUCGUUGUUUAAGUCACAUAUAUCAUCCAAAUAUUGAAGAUUAUGACAACGGGGGAGGUGUUUGUUUAAAUCUAUUUCAUAAUUGGAAUAUUGAGAUGGGUUUAAAAGCUAUCAUUGAUGGUUUAUUAUUUCUAUUCUCCGAACCGAAUGAAGAGGAUCCAAUCAAUGAACGCUUUAUUAUUCCACCUGGAUGUACAUUCGAAGAUGCAGUCACCGAAUCACUACAAGGUGGUAGUUAUCUUCAUUAUUCAGGUCCACCAAAUAGACCAUGGUGUAAAUGGUAUGAGGAACAGAUGAAAAAUAAACGAAAAUCGUUAAUUGUUCCAACGGAAACAAAUAAAAUAUGUGAAAAUUUAAAAGAAAAUAUUGAUGAUCAUUAUGAACACAAUCACCAUCAUCAUGAUUAUCCUGGUAAACUUGGAUUGUUGAACAAUCAGGAUGAAUACGAAUCAACAUCAGAUAAACAAAAAGAAAGUAGCAUCGUUGAAGAAAAUGAUACUUUAACAUCGUCUUUCAUCUCAUCCUCUUCGUCAUCAUUGUCGUCAGCUGUGUCAUUGCCGCAUGCAGAAAAAAACCCAACACAUCAGUCGAAUCUAUUCAACACUAGACAAUUAAGUAAUCAUCAAUCCUUUUCUACAAUCAUUUGGAAAGAAAUCUCUAUCAUUUCUGUUGAUAUAGAUGAUCUGACAGAAAUUACAUAUCACUUUAUAGAAACGUGUAAUUUUGAAUGGAAUAAACACUGUGAAAAAGUGUACUAUGGGCAUUUGAAUAUUGGAAUACCCGAUAUAUUUACUACGGACAUAUAUCAGAAAUCUGUCUAUCAAUCAAUAAGUUUAAAAAGUAAAUGCACUGAAAAUAUACAAAAUAAUGUGAAUGCACAAUUUGAUCAUUUCAAUAGCAAUGAUAAUAAUAAAGACAAUGGCAGGUCAGUUAUUUCAACAAUUAGUAAAGCAGUUUUCACUAAUGAAUCUAUGUAUGUGAGAUCUAUUGUACCAAUGAAAUGGAUAUAUUAUACAACAAGAUGGUCUAAUUAUCUUGUUCCUGGUAGGCAACUGACUGAAAAUUUUCUAAAACCUAACUGGGCAUCUCCAUAUCGACGUGCUUCAUCAAGGCAACUGUUUGAAGACUUACAUCGUUAUAUAUUGAAUGUCGAGUGGCCUCAUGCAAGUCAAAUAUUUAUACUUGAUCCACUUGCGUUAUCCCCAUUUUCACCGAUAGCUCUUCGCAUUAUCUAUGAUCAUAAUGAACCUAAGGCUGAAAAAUGGAUCUAUGUCUACGAAUGGUUGUCACCAUGGUAUUCAGUUAACAAGUUUACAAUCAGUCAAAAUCGAAACAGAUAUCCAGGUAUUGCAAUCAUAUGUUGGUUAGCCUACAUCACUAACUGGAUCAAUUAUUUAUCAAGAUAUGAAAUUAAUCAUACACAACUCGGUUAUUCACGUCCUGGGACUACAAUAUUUUCACGAGCAUGGAGAUUUACAGAACCAAUCGGUACAUGUUAUAUUUUUUCACAUUCGCUAACUUGUGGUCAAAUAGCUAUAUUUGAUGGAUGGAUUUUAUGGCUUAGUGGUUUAGUUAUGCAACAGAUUACUAGUAUCUCUUUGAAAUUACUAGAUUAUAUUAAUAAGAAAUACAGAAAGUAUACACCUCCAUGUCGUUUAUCUUCAACUAAAGAUCCAUUAAAAGGCUGUACUACAUCUAUGUACGUCUUCACUGAUGUUGAUGAGAUUUAAAGUGUUAAGUUAAUUUUAUUUAUUUUACCCUAAUAAUGUAACGCUAACGAAAACAAUUUAUUCAAGAUGUUAUUUUGAUUUUAAUAUUUCAG